GGAUGGUGUCGGUCUGCCGGCGUCGGAGGCCUCAGAGUCAGUCUGAGAGCGAGAGCGAGGACGCGCUGAGGCAAAAGGAAGGCCCCGCUCGGGCUCUGAGGGCCGGAGGAGAAGAGAGGAAGAAGCGCCUUUCGUGGCCGCCAUGUCGACGACGACGCCUGGCUCCCCGUGGAGCGCCGUGUCGGAUCCCCAGCACCCUUCGCGGCUCCUGCGGGCCCUGAGCUCCUUCCGAGAAGAAGGGCGCUUCUGCGACGCUCACCUGGUCCUCGAAGGGCACGAAAUCCCCGUCCAGACCAACAUCCUCGCCGCAGCCAGCCCUUACAUCAGAACAAAAUUGAACUAUAAUCCUCCAAAGAUCGAUGGCUCCACGUAUAAAAUCGAACUUGAGGGGAUAUCAGUUGACACUAUGAAAGAGAUACUAGACUACAUCUUCAGUGGGCAGAUCAGGCUAAGUGAAGACACCAUCCAAGAUGUCGUACAAGCUGCUGAUCUAUUGUUGCUUACAGACCUAAAAACUCUGUGUUGUCAGUUCCUAGAGGGUUGUAUUGCUGCUGAGAACUGCAUUGGAAUCCGGGACUUUGCUCUGCACUAUUGCUUGCACCAUGUCCAUUAUCUUGCCUCUGAAUAUCUCGAAACACACUUCAGGGAUGUCAGUGGUACAGAGGAGUUCCUGGAACUAGGUCCUCAGAAACUAAAAGAAGUGCUGUCUUUGGAGAAAUUGAAUGUUGGGAAUGAAAGACAUGUUUUUGAAGCAGUCAUUAGGUGGAUUUCCCAUGAUGCUGAAUUAAGAAAGGUUCACAUGAAGGAUGCAAUGUCAGCUGUGUGGGUAUCGGGACUAGAUUCUGCCUACUUGCGUGAACAAAUGAUGAGUGAGCCUUUAGUACGGGAGAUUGUCAAAGAAUGCAACAACAUUCCACUCACUCCACCCCAACAAGGGGAAGCAAUGCUAGCUUCUUUCAAACCCAGAGGAUAUUCAGAGUGCAUUGUGACCGUUGGGGGUGAAGAAAGAGGAUCCCGGAAGCCAUCAGCAGCCAUGCGGUGUAUGUGCCCUUUGUAUGAUCCUAACAGACAACUCUGGAUAGAACUAGCCUCUCUGAGUAUGCCCAGGAUAAAUCAUGGGGUACUUUCUGCAGAGGGAUUCCUGUUUGUGCUUGGAGGUCAAGAUGAAAAUAAAGUCACUUUAAGUUCUGGAGAAAAGUAUGAUCCAGAUACCAAUUCAUGGAGCUCUUUGCCACCAAUGAAUGAAGCACGGCACAACUUUGGUUUAGUAGAGAUUGAUGGGGUAUUAUAUGUUCUGGGAGGUGAGGAUGGAGAACGGGAACUCAUCUCCAUGGAGUCCUAUGACAUUUACAAUAAGACAUGGACAAAGCAACCAGACCUGACCAUGAUUCGAAAGAUUGGUUGCUAUGCAGCUAUGAAAAAGAAGAUCUAUGCAAUGGGUGGCGGUUCAUAUGGCAAGCUGUUUGAGUCUGUUGAAUGUUAUGACCUGAGGACCCAGCAGUGGACAGCCAUUUGCCCGCUAAAAGAAAGAAGGUUUGGGGCUGUAGCCUGUGGAGUUGCUUCAGAGCUCUAUGUCUUUGGCGGGGUAAGAAGUCGUGAUGAUAACCAAACUAGUGAGAUGGUGACAUGUAAAUCAGAAUUCUAUCAUGAUGAAUUUAAAAGGUGGAUCUACCUGAAUGAUCAGAACUUGUGCAUCCCAGCUAGUUCUUCAUUUGUGUAUGGAGCUGUGCCCAUUGGUGCUAGCAUUUAUGUGAUUGGGGAUCUGGAUACAGGUACCAGUUACGAUUACGUUCGAGAAUUUAAAAGAAGCACUGGAACAUGGCACCAUACUAAGCCCCUGUCUCCAUCAGAUCUUCGCCGGACGGGAUGUGCAGCUUUGCGGAUUGCAAACUGCAAGCUUUUCCGUCUACAGCUUCAACAAGGAUUGUUCCGCAUCCGUGUUCCUUCACCUUGAGAUACAUUCAGAAAGCCGAGGAGACAGAAAGAGCUUAAGAAUGGAGGACCACCAUAACAAUUUAGCUUUAUAUACAGGAGAAACAAACACCUUGCAGCAGAAACAAACUGUAUGCUCGGCUUCAGUAUGGUAAAAGUUCUAACUUUUAUUUUAGCUGCUUAAGUGCUUAAGCCUCAGCGUUUGAUUUGAGGCAAGUCAUUGUACAGUGAUAAAUGGUCAAGGUGGGUCACCUUUGAGUCACCUUAUCUAAAAAUGUUAAACCAUACUAUCGAAGCAAUUCCUUCGCUUCAGAUAAGGAGCAGAGGAUUUUGAAAGGAAGCCUACUGAAAUAGGGGUGGGAAAGGGUGGGAGAACCAGCAAGGUACAGUUUCACCAAGAGGAAUUGUUAUGAAUAACUGUGCUAUAUUGACCUUGGAUAGUGUUGAUAACAUAAGAAAUGACAUGCAUGAAAACCAAUUUCACUCCUAUGCCAAAAGAGACUGUUAACUCCACUGUGGAGAGAGAUGGGUAGUUGCACCUUUACUUCGAGGCCUUCCUCACAAUUUUAAGGCCUGUGCCUGAAAGGAUAGCAUUGUAUACAUGUCAUAUUUUUUUAGUGUGUCUCAUUCCUAAAAACUUUAUAAAAACAUAUUUAAAAUGGUCUAAACUAAACUGAGCUAAGGAUUACACUCCAAUAGAGGAUGGAUGAUUGCACAGGUGAUCUAAAGGCGUUAUUCUGGACCAGCGCACAGCUAUUGUGUGGGUGUCAGAUGCUGCAAUAGCCACUCAUUCAACGCAGGCACAGGAAGGCUGGGCUUUCCACAGUUGAAAUAUCAAUGCAGUGAAUGGAGUGUGCAGCAUUUUCUUUUUAAUCUUCUUUGCAAAUGUUACUACAAGUAUCCAAACAACUUGAAAGUUGCUGCAGGUUUACAGGACUGAUAAUGUUCAUAAUUAUAUCCAAGUACAGAAAAGUGAGGAAGGUACAAUAUUAGUUUUUGGAGUACUGUGGGAUGGAACUGUUAAAUAGUAAUACUGUAAAACAUUUCAGACUCUGUCUGGAGAACUGUUAGGGAUCAAAAGCUGGUAUACAGACGACCUCUUUCUAAAGUAUAGUUUUACUGUGUACUGAUGAACUUUCAAAUGUAGUUAUAGUGAAGUUUAUUUUUAUUUCUUCCAAGAUUUUUUUUAAAGUUUUGUUUUCUCACAGAUGUUAAUAUUUAAUUGCAUUGUACAUGAAUAACUUUUUCUGGUAGAACAUUAUUUACCUCACUUCUUAAAACUUUUAUUUUGUUACUUUGUUAGUGAAACACUCCAAUAAUAAUAAUACUAAUAAAAAGAAUACAAGUGUGGGGUUGCACAGUUGAAAAGGUCCAUAGUCGGCAACUUUAGAACACACAUAGUGUUACAAGACAGUGUUUUCCGCUCUGCAAAGUUGUAGAAUCUCAACAGUGUCUAUUAUUAGCCCAGAUGUUGCUCUUGUUUACAUUAACAUGACUCCAGAGGUGUUUCUGUUGUUGUCUUGGAGGACACUGAUAAGGGAGGCCACCAGUAGGACCAAAUAAAAAAGACUGCUGUGCCUGAAUUGGAAGAGGUUUCCCAAAAUCUGUGAUCCAGCCAAAGGUGAUUUCACAUUUGAAGUACUAGUCCUGCUGAAGGAAGAGACUUCUGGUACAAUCCUUUAGGACUUAGACCAAGUCCUGAUAGGUUCACAGCGCCUUUUUAGGUGUGCACAGAAUUGCAGUCUUGAGCUACUUCGUAUUGACUGGAUGGUGGUUUUCCUUUUUAAUACCACACAGUGUAACUCUUAUACAAAACUGUGUUCCAUGCAUAUGUGUGUGCACAUACAUAUGGAAUGCCUUCCUAAUUCAAAACUCAGAAUUGUACACUCCAGAACAAAUGGCUUGGCUCAUGCAAACAGUCGAGCUACAACUCCUGAGAGUGAAAGUCCCUCAUGAGAGUUCCUGUGUGCUAUUGUAUGAAUAGAUCUUUUUUUCAGCUUCAGAAGUUUCAGAAAAAGUAAAGGCCACUCCUUGAAGCAUUUCAUCCUCUCUUGCAGUCUCCUCCUUUCUCUGCUUCAGCUGCAAAUGGCUGACUACUCCAUAGCAAAUAAUCAGAGUCAUCUCUUUCCUUUCCAACACUCCUGGGAUUUGGACAAUUCUUAGUUUUACAUUUCCACGAUGAUAAAGAGAGGGAGAGGGCUCCCCUGAUUGAUUUAUACCCUCUUGAUAACAGUAUAGGUAACCUAGAAAACAGCUCACACUUCUGUUCAGUUGACUCUUCUUGGUCAAAGAAAUACUACAAGUGUACAAAAAAGCACAAACGUAUCAAAGGGAAAGCCUUUACCUUUACAAAAGUAAGGACAGGAAAAGCUGUCAAGAGAAGAUAAUUAUGAGUAGUUGGCUGCAUUUGGGACAAAAUGAGAGCUCCUAAUAGACUACCAUUAGAAUCACAAUAGCAAUGGAGUAGAGAAAUAUUUAUAUCUCUAGCACAUUUGGGGUCUUUUUUAAUUGUUACGAUCCAUUAUCAGGAGAAUUUUGAAUAAAGAUCUUACUUGAUUUUGCAGUUCUCAUAUUUAGUUCUACAGAUUUAUUAAUUUACAAGAUUCUGAAUGCGUUGGAAUAACGAAUACACUUGUCUGCCCCGUUUAUUUUUGUUUUUUCAUAUUUUAGGGGUCCUGGUCCACUGGAGAUGGUUAUGCAUACUUCUCUCCCACUUUCUUAGUUAUAUAAGUUAAUGGAGUCAAAGCUCAUAGUUCCUUUUCUGAGCUUCUCGCUCCUUUGGAAGUUUUCAUCUAUUAAGACUGCAUGGUUGGACCAUUCCAAGGAGGCCACCCUCUUUACUUUCUCUGACACAAGGCUGCCUAACUUGCAAUAUAACUGAGGAUUUCCCAGUUGUUUGUAGUGACUUCUGAAGGCACUGCAUUACACUUCCACUGAGCUUUUAAUGGUAAAGGUUAGCAUCCAUUAUCCAGAAACAAAAUUCCAUACUGUGAGUCUAAUGAUGCUAGGAGGAAUCUUAUUUUCACUCCAUUGAAACUUUGAAAGAGCUUUGGUGUUGUUGGUUUAAAUACGAAAGGCAAGGUUAACAAAGAAGAUGACAACAACUGCAGUUUGUAACAAAGUAGAAUAGUUUUCUUCUUUUUCCUCUGCAGAAUCAUCCUUUGAGCUUCUGUUCAGGAAAUACUUAGUAUGUGACGCAGCUGCUGUUCUGGAGUGGCAUAGCAUUGCUGGGUUGUUAGAAGCACACUUAUUGCCAAAUGCAUCCCACCAAUGUGGCAAAAUAUGGUUGGGUGCACAUAGUUGGACAGAGGGCCAGUGUGUAGCUAGGAUGUGGCUGGUAAUUACUUGCCAGUGUGGGGAAAGAUCAUCCAUUUUAGCCAUCAAAGAAUGAUCAAAGUUGCUGUGAUUUGGUAAAAAUAAGAUCUGUUUCUGAGUGUUCAUAGAGGAGUGGACAUGUAACAUAGUAGGACUAACUGACUUCAGCUCGUACUUCUGGGAUACUGCUGUAGAAAAAGAUUUCUGCGUGUAUCAAGGUUAUGUAAGUUUGUAGAAUCACUUGGCUAACUUUUGGAUUUGUGGCAAUGCUGCCAGUCCUUUAUGGCUGCAUCUGCAUGGCAGAAAUAAUCCAGUUUGACACCACAUUUUAGCUGCCAUGGCUCAAUGCUAUAGAAAUUCUAGGAAUUGUAGUUUUGGGGGGCAUUUAGCCUUCUUUGUCAGAGAGCUCUGGUGCUGCAACAAACUACAGUUCCCAAAAUUCCAUUGCAUUAAAUCAUGACAGUUAAAUCAGAUUAUUUCUGUAGUGUGGAUGUAGUUUAUCUAAAUCCAACAUAGUGCCGCUGCUUAUGACAACAGGGCAGUUCCCUUCCCUAUCUGCAACCUUCAGAGCUAUCUGAAAAUCAGCUCUGGAGGGUUUCCCAACCCUCUGGAGCAAGUAUUUGGGCCAUAUAGAGAAGUGGGUCAGAAAUAUCGCCCCAAUCCUUUUCCACUGGAUUCUUCUGCUCCAUCAGCAGAAAUCCACGGUAAGGUCCUCUGUUGUGUUGAACUUGAAUUCCUGUCUGAUUCCUGACUUCAUUAGCAUUGUAUAAUAAAUGUUCGCUAGGAUGCAAGUCAAAACUACUUGUGUACUUAUGCAAACUCUCAUUUUAUAUUCCACAUGAAAGGUUAGAAAUCAAAGCUUGUUGGAAAUGGAAAUGGAAUCACCUUGGAGAUAGUGGUUGAAAAUUCAGUCACUGUUAAUUUUAUUGUUCAGAAAUGGAGGUUAAGAGUGAGGGGGCAAUAAGUUCCAUUCUUUUCAAAAUGUAUUGUAAAUUCUUAGAACAACUUUUAAUGGUACAGAUAGGAGGAUUUGUUUUGUCUUAAAGGAAUGUCUCUACUCAGUAUUUGGGUCAAAUUCGCAUCCAAAAGCACAGAGCCUCUAUUUGUCAGACAUAAUGCAGUAUGCAAUAAGAAAAAUCUGCUAUAAGUGCCAACCAUUUCUUUUCUAUGCAGGUACUUCAAAUCUCAUCCAUUGGAGCAGAGAAUUUAGGGGGGGGGGAAUAGAGCUGCAAAAUGGAUAGAUAUUUCUUUUGUAGGUAAACAUCUUACAUCUCAGAAUUUUUUAAAUGAAGAAGGUACUGCAAGGUACUUACAGUUUUUUCUUAAUUUAUAUUCCAAAAUUGCCUUGGAAGACAUCACUACUUGUGGUGCUUAUGGACACUACUGUCCCAAUAGUUUUGCAUGCUCUGGUUGUUACAUAGUACUUUGGUGCUGAUGGAUAGGAAGCCGACUGGGAUAUGUAGUGCAGAGGACACCCAGAAAAAAUGUUUUGGUCUUGCUGCACCAAUUUUACAAAGUACAGAGAUCUAAUCACUCCUGAUUCCCUCUUAGACUCCAUCACCUCCAUGUUGCUCUGCGAAAGAACUGAAGACAGCAAAACCCCUUCUGUUGUUAACCAUGCGAGAUUUUUUGUUCAAAGGGAGGAAGUAUAUUAAUCUGAUGAGCUCCAUGUAGAAUUAAAGUUAGUCCAUCAAUGUAGAAAUGACGUUCAACAUUCUGUUCCCCGUUUUGCUUGAUUUCAGUUAUGUUCAAGUAAAAUAAAAACAAUAGGGUUUAGCCAGAGAAUAAAUGCACGUUAAACUGGGAACGUCCAGCUUUUUGCUUCUCAGGAAAGGCAGAAUAAUCAUUUAACAUAUGUGCAAGCAACCUUUGCUUGUUCAGUUUCACUCCAUAUUUUAUUCUGCUUUGAUACCAACAGCCUUGUUCUUUUCAUUCUUAAAGGUGCUAUUUUGAUGUAAAGUCUGAAUUCUUGACAACUGUGGUUGUAAGAUUUGAAUUUAUCAUUACUUGAAUGAUAACUCUUGGCAAGUGGUGACCAGUUUCUUCAUUCCUCAGUCCAUUGUUGGUUGAGGAAAGGAAAAUGGUCCAUAUUCAAUUACUCUGUUUUUAUCUAUGCUUUUCAUAGAAUCAUAGACUUAGAAGAGAACCCAAGAGGCAUCCAGUCCAACCCCACUCUGUCAUGCAGGAAUACACAAUAAAGGCAGCCCCAGAUGGCCAUCCAGCCUCUGCUUAAAGACCUCCAAAGAAGGAGGCCCCAUCACAUUCGGAGGGAGCAUGUUUCACUGCUGAACAGCUCUUACUGUCAGGAAGUUCUUUCUAAUGUUGAAGUGGAAUCUUUUCCUUCUCAUUCAAUGUAAUAACCACACUUUACUGAAGUUUCCCCCAUCCCUACCUCCUUUUUCCAGUUUGUACAUUACUGUAAAAUGAAGUAUUUCACAUACAUGAAGACUCAUUCCUCAAAAUAGUCCUUCAUGAAAUUGUUCAGAUCCCUUUUGUCAAGUUGCAUUUUAAUUCUCAAGGAGAAUUAGCAGCUAAAAUAUGAUGGGGUACAUUUAGUUGUAUGUUCCAUCCAGAGUCGACAGAAGCUCCCGUUGAGAUUAACUAGAUCUGGUUGGAAUUUGGCCAAACCAAUUAGGUGACUGGGUUGUUGUUGUUUUUAAUGACUUUGAAUGUUUGCUGAUACUCUUACCAUUUUGAAAAGUCCUAAACCAUGGGAAGGCAGGCUGCCUCUCCCCACAUUUCCAAUUAAAGCAGGAGGUUAAUGAAUAACAAACCGAAAAUUUGUCAAGCUACUCCGAAGUCUUUGAAGAAGGAAGGGAAAUAGCCAAACUAAACAUAGCUUUAAAUAACGUCGCUGUGUCUCUUGUUUGUCUCCUCCUUCAUUAUUAAAACUGCAGCGGCAACUCUAGUUUGUACGGGGGCCACAAAGAUAGAAAUUCAAUCCUUCCUCAUGCUUUCUUCCCAUCUGAAACAUCCACCCCCACAAAAUUUAUUUAUCUCUGUAGUAGCAGAUUAAGUAGAGUGCUUCAAGUCGAGUAGUUCUCUGCUUUCCUUCUCUGCUUCAGAUUGCCCUCCCACGUCUCAUGGCCGCGGCAUGUUUGAGACAUGUGUCCUAGGUACAACUAAUACUGCAUAUCUCUUUUUCCUGUUAGAGGUUAAAUUCCUGCUCAGACUUUUGAAUUGCCCUAUUCUUAUUUUCACCACAAAUGCAAGGCUGUAGAAGAUUCAGGUAAAUAUCAGCUUCUGUAUAAAUCCAUAGUUGGCAAAGCUAUUACAAGAACAUGUACUUCUGUGAAAAGGAAGUUUCCAGCCCUUUGUCCAGCUGUUUGCUUGCCUCCCCAGCUAUGCAACUUUGCUUUGUGUGCACUUUUGAAAAGGGCUAUGUAAAUGAGAGGCAAUAUUCUCUGAAUUCUCUUCAAAUAUGUUUGCUUUCUGCCAUUGCACCCUGCAAGGCAGUAGUGAAUUUCUUGCAAUUACCUGAAGACAAUAAAGCCUUUCACAUCAUAGAGUUGGAACAGACCACAAGGGCCAUCCAGUCCAACCCCCUGCCAUGCAGGAAAUCCAAAUCAAAGCAUCCCUGACAGAUGGCCAUCCAGCCUCUGCUUAAAGACCUCCAAGGAAGGAGACUCCACUACACUACACACCUCAUUUUGGUUAUGUUUUGCUGGCCAUUCAGCAUUCCAGCCAGGAUGUCUACCUGAGGCUUAUCUGUUUCAGGAAAAAGGACAAAGUUAGGUUUGUGUAGGCAGGCAGGCUGACUAAUAGUCAUUUGUGUCUGGGUAAUAAUCCUUUUGGAUUUAUUUGCAAGACUGCCACAUUGUUGGGCAAGUCUUUCAUGCCUUUUGUCCUAUUUGCACAUUUGUGUUUCACUUAACAAGAAUAAAUGUGUGGUCUUUAGUUAAUAUAAAAGUUACAAGCCAGAGAAAGUUACAUGGAUAUGAUCUUUGUUGAAGUAAAUGAGAGAGUACGGUUUUUGAACUGUGUUUAUCAACACUGGCUUUAUUGGGAUUUAAAUGCACAUAAUUUACUUUGGAUUAUGUUUCCAAAUUUCCUUAGAUGGAAUCAAAAAGGACUCGGAUUGAAAUAUCUUGUUUCUUUUAUUAGCCAAACAAUGUUUUAGAGUUUAGUGUUCUUUAGCGUUGUAUGACUUUGUUCGUAUGUAGCCACGUCAAACAGCAAUUGUAUGUUUCUUGUGUUUCCAACACAUCCACAGUGUUUAUUUACAGAAAUGUAUAGUUUUUUUUACUCUUCAAAGUGGCCUUUUAGGGAAGCACACACUAUAUAAAAUUAGCAUUGUGUAGCUGUGCAAUUUCAAAGGUGUUUUUUUUUUUUUUUUUGUAUUGACAAUUUCUAUGCCUCUUUCAAAUAAAUGCACUCCUUUUGUUAGAUGUGUGCAGGGGUAUUGGGCAAACAACCCACAUUUUCCAUCAUUAUACAUUUUGCUGUAUAUAUUAAAGACAAGUUCUUUAGUGUUGAGAAAUGCACACAGGGUCCUAAAUCCAAUUGCUAGUUCCAGCUGGAGUAAGCACACAGAGUCGAUUGCCGAAUGGUAAAUCAACACUUAAAUAAACCCAGGUCAUUCAGUGGGUCUACUUAGUUGGGACUACGGAUAGCACUGAGUCAGAAAGGCAUUCUCUAACAGGGAAGAUUAUGUACUAGCUCUCCCUCCCAUGGGACCUACAGUCAUAAAGUGUUGGAUUGGGGCUAAUAUGCUAUUUAUAGGGUUAUUAAUCAAGUUAUUUUUGUUAUAUAUUAAUGAUAUCAAGUUAGACAUAAAGUGCAGCUUUAAGAGGAUAGCGGUAAAGAACAAUCACAGAAGUGUACAACAUAUUACCACUAGUCUAGAGGGAGAGACUCAUAGCAAUGAGCCUGUCUGAAGCUAUUAAUGAAAAUAAAUGAUCACUUUAUAUGUCACAUAAUCAUAAGACCCGGUUCUUUCCAUCGCAGUUGAAGUGCUGAAUUUUAGGAAAUGGUCUUUCCUUUCCAUAGCUGCUGUUAUGAUUGCCGUUUUAAAGAUUAACAUGAAAGGUCCAGAAUCAUGAAUGGGAUGGGAACCAGAUCAGAUGGCCUAAGCAUAAAGGAGUCCCACAUAAAGCAUAUCUUUUACUAGUUAGUACCCAAUUAAUUUUAGUCUCUGGGUUCCACUAGAUAUUGUUUGAGAAAAUAUUUGAAUUGCAGACCAAAUGACUGAAAGGAGUAUGUUUUAGAUAUUUGGAACAGACAUUUAUCUUAAGUCGUAGUGCCACAAGGGGUGUUCAGAAUGCUAAAUCCUGUAGAUUGCCAAUACUAGUGAUAAUACACUUGAUGCUGCCAAUGCUAACACACAGUUCUGUGCAAAACGUAAGGUACAUGGUAACUAGUGGACCUCCAAGAUCAUGUUUCGUUCCUUCAACUCGGUCAACAGAGUUUGUUCAGAUGCCAUACCUCUUCAUAAGAUGCCCUGAAGACAUUUCCCCACAUCCCCACCUAUUAUAGUGCUGAAUGAAUGUUGCAGAAGGUAAAAGCAAACUGAUGGAAAUCAUGGUACUACAUGGAAAGCUGUCUUGUGUGGAGCAAUUCGUGGGGUAGAGGCCCAGAGGUCUGCCUACUUUGUUUGCCAUCCAGGGAGUAGCCAAAUGUGAUCCCAUUCCCUUAGCUCAGGUGGGUCUCUUUUCUUAGUGUUUUGGUGCAACUCCCAUCAUCCCUAGCCAACAUAACAAAAGUUAAAGGGACACAAUUGCUCAUCCUUCCAUAACUGUGUUUGUCCUCCCCCAUGAUAAAAAAUGGUUUUCAGCUAGAACUCUGCUAAAGGAUUGUCCAUAGCGAAGGGCUUGUUGAACCUCUCUUUUUAUGGCAUCUGAACAAAUCCAUAGUUAAGUAAGUGUUGUAUUGUUGGGUUUCCCCCCUGAUUUUAUUGUGUAUGGGAUGCUGUAUCUUACUGGCUCGGACUUAAAAACAAAAUCUAUGUAAGAAAAACUAAAGUUGAGUUUGUUUCAGUGUUGUGCAUGCUAACUCAUACGGUUAUAUUUGAAGAAAAAAAAUGUGCAAUUUCAAUGGCACUUUGUGAUUGAUUAGUGAAAACUGGGCUUUGCAAUGGAAUAUAUGAUAUUGAUGCAUAAUGAGUAGAGUGUACUGUUUGUGCUCUUUGUACACUAUUUUGUCAGUGGCUGGUGUUUUGACUUUUUUUUUUCCAAUGUUGUGAUCCUGAAGAAUUGUGUUGGGGGGAAAAAGUUGUAACGCUGAAAAUUCAUGUUUUGUUAAUUAAUUAAGAGAAACAGGGGCUGUGAUCUAGCAUCUCCGAUAAACACACAGAACUCUGAAAAGAGGGAUUUCCCAGUUCUGUGACCAAUAGAAAUGCCAUUUGCUCUCUGUGGGAGAAAUUCUACAGACAGUCAACUCUCCUUAUCUAUGGAUUCUGUAUCCAUGGAUUCAACCUUUCACAGCUUGAAAAUAUUCAAAGAAUUGCACAAAGUGGACCUUGAUCUUGUGUUACAUGAGGGACACCAUUUUACUAUCCCAUUGAAUAUAAUGGGAUUUGAACAUCCACGGAUUUUGGUAUCCAUGGGAAGGGUGGGUACUGGAACCCAAACCCCAGCGGAUGCCAAACACAGGUUACAAAAGGUGCAACAUCCAUGUACAGUGGGCCCUUGGUAUCUGCUGUGGUUUGGUUCCAGGAAACCCCCCCCCCCUGUGAAUACCAAAAUCAGUAGAUGCUCAAGUCUCAUUAUGUACAAUGAUAUGGUAACAUGGUUCCCUUAUAUAAAAUGGAAAAGACAAUGUUGACUUUUGGGAUUUGUUGUGUCGGGGUGGGGGGUGUAUUUUCAAGUCGUAGAUGCUUGAAUCCAUGGAUACUGAAUCUGUGGAUACAGAGAGCCGAAAUAAGUCUGUUACUUCUUUCAAAAUAAAACCAGUUAUUUUACAACCAGUUACAGUACCCCUUCAAAGGAUUUUUGAGGACUCUGUUGGUGAUGUUUCAAACAGUUGCCAGUUCACGCUUGCUGCCAUUUCAAACUCAAACACUUACAGAUUUGCAGAUCUGCUUCCUGGGCUGCCAACAAUCCUUCCCUCUUGAAACAGGUAUGUACUACCCAGCAAAAGUUGUAUCAGUCUUCACUCUUGGAAGAGAUCAAAGCUCUUUGUCCAUUAGAGUUUUAGGGGAGCUGGAUCAAGCCCAGCCGAUCUGAACGCUUGCUUCGGGAUCAUUUCUCAUGCUUUUUGUCCACUAGUCUAUUUUCAUUAAAUGUCUUGCAUCUCAGUGAUGGGGAAAAAUUGAAUUCCUUUACUUUUCUUGGUCUACUUUUGAGGUUUACAUAUUUUAAAAAUGCAAAAAUGGUUCUUGGCACUUUGUUUACAUAUUCCGUAUACCUUUGGGAGCACGUAAGGGUUUUUGUUCAUGGGUUCUUGUUUUGUUCUGUUUUAAUUUAAAGCACAUGGACUGUGCUCUAGGGCUCUGCAGCCACUGUGCAAAUUGUGGCGUAAUAUUGUACUAAGGAUCAGUGAAAGUGUGUUACUUUUUUUUAAUGUAGUUUGUAUUGACCGGGUUUUAUAAAACGUAAGAAAAAAGAAUGCUGUAUUUUGAUCUGAAAUUUGUGUAUGGUAAAGUCACUUUACUUUAUGUAUUGGAGGUUUGUCGAAAACUUGAAUUAUUUUGUAGAAGGGUACCAGACCAACAUUGAAUUAUCUUAAACAAUGUUUAAUGAACUAACCAAAUAAACAUUUUAUGGUUUGCAUACA